GUGGCUUCGAUCACACCAGCACGGCGGUGGCCAACGGUGGCACACGCGCGUUUGUAGGACGCGGCGACGCGUUGUUUCGUCCCUUCUCACUUAACCAUGUCCACCGGGACAGACUGGGAUCUCAUAUCCUCCUACGCCGGACUCCUGAGUCUGGCAACACUGUCUAUAUAUGCUGGGUCGCAUGGGUCCGUGACGUUGCGCAAAGCGAAAUAUACACCAGAGAAGGGAGAGGCACGUACGGACGAAGACGAGGAGGAGGAGGAAGAGAUACCCGACCGUUUGUCGUCGCAGGACGCGUAUCUAUUUCCUGUUAUCGGGUCGGUGGUGCUGUUUAGCCUGUACCUCGUGGUGAAAUACUUCGGGAAGGAGUGGAUAAACUGGCUUCUACAAUGGUAUUUCACCUUUGCUGGCGUUGGGAGUGUAGGAAAGUCCCUUGUAUCACUGGCCAGGUGGGCACUGGGGAAAGACAAAUGGCGGAGGUUUGACAAGAUACAACUGUUCUGUCGCAAGGGCCAACAUGAGCUUGUCUCGGUUUCAUUGCGCACUCCUUCGUUGUUUCUCAUCCCCCUCGGCGCAGUUCCAUCCAUGAUCUACAACUUCGGCUCGAGUACCACACGCAGGUCUGGUCUACUCACCGACGUUCUGGCUCUCUCGUUUGCGCACAACGCACUCUCCCUGUUGAAGAUAGACUCAUUCAAAACAGGAUGCGUGCUUCUCUCUGGACUGUUCCUCUACGACAUUUGGUGGGUCUUCGGGACCGAAGUGAUGGUCGAGGUGGCAACCACCCUCGACGUUCCCAUCAAGAUCCUCUGGCCUAAGUCUAUGACCGUGUCGACUGCGCGCGGCUUUACCAUGCUCGGUCUUGGUGACAUCGUUGUCCCGGGCAUGUUCAUCGCUCUGGCUUUGCGCUACGACUACCACAGAUCGGACAAGACUCAAGGCAUGUCAUUUAGCAAGCCGUACUUCCAUGCUGGUCUGCUGGCGUACGUCGUUGGUCUUGUGACGACAAUGUCAGUCAUGCAUUUCUUUGGACACGCGCAGCCGGCGCUGCUGUACCUCAGCCCAGCAUGUAUAAUCUCGUUCUUCGUGACCGCGUUCGCCAAGGGUGACUUCACACAGGCCUGGGCAUGGUCUGACGAACCAACACCACCAAAGAGCAAUGAGGGUAAGGCGGGAGCAUCCGCUGGUGGUUCCGCACCGGAACCUACCGCAGUGGGGGCGGAUGGCGGAAGCACCUCUGGUGGCCCAGAGCAGGAGCCGUCGCAGGAGCCGGACGACAGCGCGACGAAGUUGGAGAAAAUAAACUAGAAGAUGUUGUACCCCAAACAAUGACUUAUGGUAUCCGAUAUGUUGCGUCUGGUGCACUAUAGAAUUGCGUCUGCGGAGCUUCGGCGACGGUACGUGCGUGGAGCGGGUCAUUACGCGAUCACGUGACGUGGUUUUACACGCGGGCCGCGACGCGUUUCCCGCUAACCGCCCCUGCUUCCAGCCUUCCGCUACCCACUACCCAUAUCCGCACCGCAUGAUGCUUUCUCCGCUCUAGACUUAGCUUGAUCCAAUCCUGGGUUGAGUCGAACGACGCUCCGUUGGCUUGAUACAGGAUCUCAAUUCAUUUGCCAUCCGCCCAUCGCCCUGUAGGCAGCGU